AUGACUGUUUACACAGAUAAGAAGCUGAAUCAUAAUCGACCGGAUAUUACUCUACUAAGGAAAGACACACAGGAGUGGACAAUAAUUGACAUAGCUGUACCAGCGGACCAGAACAUCAUCAAUACUGAGGAAGAGAAAGUGGCUAAAUAUCAAGAACUAGCAUUCGAAAUUAAGAAAAUCCAUAGAGCAUCGAAAGUGACAGUGAUACCAGUCGUGAUCGGUGCACUCGGAACAAUCUCAAAGAAUGCAAAAACCUGGCAUGGGAAGUUAGACAUACCUGACAUCGUUGGAAGUGCCCAGUUGUCGGCCAUCCUUGGAACAGCUCACAUAUUGCGGAAAGUUCUAUGUUUCUAA